AUGAGCCCACAGUCUUGGCCCAGUGUUAUCCGUUAUGCCCCAUUUGCAGCUAGGCCCAGACACCGGCGCCUCACCCCAGGCUACACCCACCCACCCACCCACCCACCACCACCACCAACACCAGCAGCGAGCAGCCAGCUGCAAGCAGCAGUCCCCACUGGCAGCCAGCAGCAAUCCUCGCCCGCAGCCCGCAGCGGUCCUCGCCCACAGACAGCAGCGGUCCUCGUCCACAGCCCGAAGCCUGCACCCAGCAGCGGUCUAGGCCCGCAACCUGCAGCCCACAGCCAGCGCGGGUCCCAAUCAGCGCUGGUCACUGCCAGCAGUGAACAGCCAGCAGCAGUCCCCACUGGCAGCCAGCAGCAGUCCUCACCCACAGCCAGCAGCGGUCCUCGCCCGCAGCCCGCAGCCAACAGCGGUCCUUAUCCACAGCCAGCAGCAGUCCUCACCUGCAGCCUCCAGCCUGUAGCCAGCAGCGUGAGCAGCCAGCAGCCAGCAGCAGUCCCCACUGGCAGACAGCAGUGGUCCUCACCCAAAGCCAGCAGCGGUCCACGGCCGCAGCACGCAGCCAGCAGUGGACCUCGCCGCAUACCACAGCCUGCAGCGGUCAUUGCCCGCAGCCCACAGCGGUCCUCAUCCACAGCCAGCAGCAGUCCUCACCCGCAGCCUCCAGCCCGUAGCCAGCAGCGCUCCUCGCCCACAUCCUGCAGCCUGCUGCCAGCAGCGGUCCUUGCACGCACUCAGCAGCACUCCUCAUUCGCAGCCAGCAGCGGUCCACCCCCGCAGCCUGCAGUGAUCCUCGUCCACACUCAGCAGCACUCCUCGCCCGCAGCCAACAGCAGUCCUCGCCCGCAGCCUACAGCCUGCAGCCAGCAGUGGUCCUCGCCCACAGCCCGCAGCCAGCAGCGGUCCUCGCCUGCAGCCAGGAGCAGUCCACGCCUGCAGCCAGCAGCUGUCCUCGCCCGCAGCCUGCAGCCUGAAGCCAGCAGCAGUACUCGCCCACAGCCAGCAGGGGUCCUCGACCACAGCCAGCAACGAUCCUCGCCGACAGCCAUGAGAGGUCCUCGCCCACAGCCAGCAGCGGUCCUCGCCCGCAGCCUGCAGCCUGCAGCCAGAAGCGGUCCUCGCCCACACUCAGCAGUGGUCCUCGCCCGCAACCAACAAUCGUCUUCGCCUGCAGCCUGCUGCAUGAAGCCAGCAGCUGUCCUCACCCGCACUCAGCAGCACUCAUCGCCCGUAGCCAGCAGUGGACCACGCCCGCAGCCAGCAGCGGUCCUCGCCCACAGCCAGCACCAGUCAUCGCCCGCAGCCACCAGCAGCGGUCCUCGACCGCAGCCCGCAGCCCAGAGCCAGCAGCGGUCCUCGCCUGCCACCCGCAGCCUGCAGCGGUCCUCGCCUGCAGCCUGCAUCCUGAAGCCAGCAGCGGUCCUCAACCACAGCGCGCAGCCAGCAGCAGUCCUCGCCCACAGCCCGCAGCCAGCAGCGGUCCUCGCCCGCAGCCUGGAGCCUGCAGCCAGCAGCGGUCCUCGCCCGCACUCAGCAGCACUCCUCGCCCGCAGACAACAGUGGUCUUCGCCUGCAGCCUGCAGCCUGCUGCCUGCAGCUAGCAGCGGUCCUCGCCCACAGCCAGCAGCAGUCCUAGCCCGCAGCCAGCAGCGGUCCUUGCCCGUAGCCAGCAGCGGUCUUUGCCCACAGCCAGCAGUGGUCCUCGCCCGCAGCCUGCAGCCAGCAGCGGUCCUAACCCACAUUCAGCAGCAGUCCUCACCCGCACCCAACAGUAGUCUUCGCUCGCAGUCCUGCUGCCUGCAGCCAGCAGCGGUCCUCGCCAGCAGCCAGCAGCAGUCCUCGCCCGUAGCCAGCAGCGGACUUCGCCCACAACCAGCAGCGGUCCUCACCCGCAGCCUGCACUCAGCAGCGGUCCUCGCCCAUAGCCAGCAGCAGUCUUUGCCCGCAGCCUGCAGCGGUCUUUGCCCACAGCCAGCAGCGGACCUCGCCCGCAGCCAGCAGCACUCCUCGCCCGCAGCCAACAACGGACCUCGCCCGCAGCCACCAGCGGUCCUCGCCCGCAACCCGCAGCCUGCAGCGGUCCUCGCCCGCAACCAGCAGCAGUUCUCGCCUGCAGCCUGCAUCUUGAAGCCAGCUGCGGUCCUCAACCACAGCGCGCAGAUAGCAGUGGUCUUCGCCCACAGCCCGAAGCCAGCAGGCGUUCUUGCCCGAGGCCAGCAGCGGUCGUCGCCGCACUCAGCAGUGGUCCUCGCCCGCAGCCAGCAGCGGUCCUCGCCCGAAGCCUGCAGCCUGAAGCCUGCAGCCAGCAGCAGUCAUCGCCCGCACUCAGCAGCGGUCCUCGCCCACUACCAACAGUGGUUUUCGCCUGCAGCCUGCUGCCCGCAGCCAGCAGCGAUCCUCGCCCACAGCCAGCAGCAGUCCUCGCCCGUAGCCAGCAGCGGACUUCGCCCACAACCAGCAGCGGUCCUCACCCGCAGCCUGCAGCCAGCAGCGGUCCUCGCGUGCACUCAGCAGCGGUCCUCGCCCAUAGCCAGCAGCAGUCUUUGCCCGCAGCCUGCAGAAUGCAGCCUGCAGCGGUCCUCGCCUGCACUCAGCAGCGGUGCUCGCCCGCUGCCAGCAGCGGUCGUCGCCCGCAGCCUGCAGCCUGCAGCAGUCCUCAACUGCACUCAGCAGCGGUCCUCAACCGCACCGAACAGUGGUCUUCACCCGCAGCCUGCUGACUGCAGCCAGCAGUGGUCCUCGCCCGCACUCAGCAAUGGUCCUCGCCCGCAACCAACAGUGGUCUUGGCCUGCAGUCUUCUGCCUGCAGCCAGCACUGGUCCUCGCCUACACUCAGCAGGACUCCUCGCCCGCAGCCAGCAGCAGACCUCGCCUUCAGCCAGCAGCGGUCCACGCACACAGCCAGCAGCAGUCCUCGCCCACAGCCAGCAGAUAUUCUCGCCCUUCGCCAGCAGCGGUCUUCGGCCCCAGCCAGCAGCGACCGCCCCGGCAGACAGCAGCGGUCGUUUCCCACCGCCCGCAGCCAGCAGCAGUUCUCGCCCACAGAGAGCAGCGGUCCUCGCCUGCAGCCAGCAGCGUUUCUCGCCCACAGCCAUCAGCCUGCAGCCAGCAGGGGUCCUCGCCCGCAUCAGCAGCACUCCUCGCCCGCAGCCGGCAGCGGUCCUCGCCCGCAGCCUGCAGCCUGCAGCCUGCAGCCUGCAGCCAUCAGCGGUCCUCGCCCACACUCAGCAGCGGUCCUCACCCGCAGUCACCAGUGGUCUUCGCCUACAGCCUGCUGCCUGCAGCCAGCAGCGGUCUUCGCCCGCACUCAGCAGCACUCCUUGCACGCAGCCAGUAGCGGUCCUCGCCCGCAGCCGGCAGCAGUCCUCGCCUGCAUCCUUCAUCCUGCAGCCAGCAGCGGUCCUCGCCCAUAGCCCACAGCCAGCAGCAGUCCACACCCACAGCCUACACCCAGCAGCGGUCCAUGCCCUCAGGCAGCAGCAGUCCUCGCUCGCAGCCAGGCGUGGUCAACAACCGCAGCCUGCAGCCAGCAGCCAGCAGUGGUCCUCACCCACAGCCCACAGCCAGCAGCUGUCCACACCCACAGCCAACACCCAGCAGCGGUCCAUGCCCUCAGGCAGCAGCAGUCCUCGCUCGGAGCCAGCAGAUGUCAACAACCGCAGCCUGCAGCCUGCACCCAGCAGCGGUCCUCGCCCGCACUCAGCAGCGGUCCUCACCCACAGCCAACAGUGGUCUUCGCCCGCAGCCUGCAGCCUGCAGUCAGCAACGAUCCUCGCCAGCACUCACCUUAAGCCAGCAGCGGUCCUCGCCUGCACUCAGCAGCGGUCCUCGUCCACAGGCAGCAGCAGUCCUCACCUGCAGCCUGUAGCCUGCAGCCAGCAGCAGUCCUCACCCGCACUCAGCAGCUUUCAUCACCCGCACCCAAAAGUGGUCUUCGCCCGCAGCCUGCAGCCUCCAGUGAGCAGCGAUCCUCACCCGCACUCAGCAGCAUUCCUAGACCUCAGCCAGCAGCGGUCCUCGCCCGCAACCCGCAGCCUGCAGCGAGCGGUCCUCGCACACAGCCAACAGUCGUCUUCGUCCGCAGCCUGCAGCCUGCAGCCAGUAGGUGUCCUCGCCUGCAUUCAGCAGCACUCCUCGCCCGCAGCCAGUAGCGGUCCUCGCCCGCAGCCUGCAGGCUGCAGCCAGCAGCGAUCGUCACUUGCACUCAGCAGCGGUCCUCACUCGCAGCCAGCAGCAGUCCUCGCCCAGAGCCCGCAGUCUGCAGCGGCCCUCGCCCCCACUCAGCUGCAUUCCUCAUCCGCAGCCAUCAGCGGUCCUCGCCCGCAGCCUGCAACCUGCAGCCAGCAGCAGUCCUCACACACACUCAGCAGGUGUCCUCACCGGCACUCAGCAGCAGUCCUCGCCUGCACCCAGCAGCGGUCCUCACCCGCACUCAUCAGCGGUCCUCAACCACUCUCAGCAGUGGUCCUCGCCCACAGCCAGCAGUUGUCCUUGCCCGCAGCCCGCAGCGAGCAGCAGUCCUCGCCCGCAGCUCGCAGCCUGCAGCGGUCCUCGCCUCCACACAGCUGCAUUACUCACCCGCAGCCAGCAGCGGUCCUCGCCCACAGCCUGCAACCUGCAGCCAGCAGCGGUCCUCGCCCACACUCAGCAGCUGUUCUCGCCGGCACUCCGCAGCAGAACUCGCCCGCACUCAGCAGCGGUCCUCGCCCACACUCAGCAGUGGUCCUCGCCCACAGCCAGCAGCAGUCCUCGCCUGCAGCCUGCAUCCUGCAGGCAGCAGCGGUCCUCACCUACAGCCCGCAGCCAGCAGCGGUCCUCGCACGCAGCCAGCAGCAGUCCUCGCUCGCAGCCAGCACCGGUUCUCGACCGCACCCUGCAGCCAGCAGCCAGCAGCGGUCGUCGCCCUCUCCCACAGCCAACAGCGGUCCUCGCCCGCAGGCAGCAGCAGUCCUCGCCCACAGCCCGCAACCAGCAGCGGUCCUCGCCUGCGGCCAGCACUGGCAGCCAGCAGCAGUCAUCGCCCGCAACCAGCACCGGUCCUCGCUCGCAGCCUGCAGCCUGCAGCCAGCAAAGGUCCUUGUAAACAGCCCGCAGCCAGCAGCGUUCCUCACCCGCAGCCCGCAGCCUGCAGCGGACCUCUUCUGCAGCCAGCAGCACUCCUUGCCUGCAGCCUGCAUCCUGCAGCGAGCAGCGGUCCUCGCCGCAGCCAGCAGCGGUCCUCACCUGGAGCCAGCAGCAGUCCUCGCCCGCAGCCCGCAGCCGGCAGCGGUCCUCGCCCGCAGCCAGCAGCAGUCCUCUCCCGCAGCCCGCAGCCUGCAGCGGUCGUCACCUGCAGCCAGCAGCAGUCCUCGCCUGCAGCCAGCAGCGGGUCUCGCCUGCGGCCUGCAGCCUGCAGCCAGCAGCCAGCAGUGGUCCUCGCCCGCAGCCCGCAGCCAGCAGCGGCCCUCGCCCGCAGCCAGCAACGGUCCUCACCUGGAGCCAGCAGCGGUCCUCGCCUGCAGCCAGCAGCAGUCCUCGCCCACAGCCAGCAGUGGUCCUCGCCUGCAGCCUGCAGCCUGCAGCCAGCAGUGGUCCUCUCCCGCAGCCCGCAGCCAGCCACGGUCCUCGCCUGCAGACCGCAGCCUGCAGCGGUCCUUGCCUGCAGCCAGCAGCAGUCCUUGCCCGCAGCCAGUAGCGGGCCUCGCCCGCAGCCUACAGCCUGCAGCCAGCAGUGGUCCUCGCGCGCAGCCCGCAGCCAGCAGCGGUCCUCGCCCGCAGGCAGCAGCGGUCCUCGCCUGCAGCCCGCAGCCUGCAGCCAGCAGUGGUCCUCGCCCGCAGAGCCCCGCAGCGAGCAGCGGUCCUUGCCCAAAGCCAGCAACAGUCCUCGCUCGCAGUCAGCAGCGGUCCUCGACUGCAGCCUGCAGCCAGCAGCCAACAGCGGUCCUCGCCCACACUCAGCAGCUGUCCUCCCCGUCACUCAGCAGCAGUCCUCACCCGCACUCAGCAGCUGUCCUCACCUGCACUCAGCAGCGGUCCUCGCCCGCAGCCAGCAGCCAGCAGCAGUCCUCGCCCGCACCCCGCAGCCUGCAGCAGUCCUCGCCCCCACUCAGCUGCAUUCCUCACCCGCAGCCAGCAGCCGUCCUCUCCCAUAGCCUGCAACCUGCAGCCAGCAGCUGUCCUCGAUCGCAGCCUGCAGCCUGCAUCCAGCAUCGGUCCUCACCCACAUUCAUCAGCGGUCCUCGCCCACACUCAGCAGUGGUCCUCGCCCACAGCCAGCAGUGGUCCUUGCCCGCAGCCCGCAGCGAGCAGCAGUCCUCACUCGUAGCCAGCACCGGUUCUCGACCGCAGCCUGCAGCCAGCAGCCAGCAGCCAGCAGCGGUCGUCGCCCGCGCUCAGCAGCGGUCCUCUCCCACAGCCAACAGCGAUCCUCGCCCGCAGGCAGCAGCAGUCCUCGCUCGCAGCCAGCACUGGUUCUCGACCGCAGCCUGCAGCCAGCAGCCAGAAGCGGUCGUCGCCCGCACUCAGCAGCAGUCCUCUCCCACAGCCAACAGCGGUCCUCGCCCGCAGGCAGCAGCAGUCUUCGCCUGUAGCCAGCAGACUGCAGCCAGCAGCGGUCCUCGCCCACAGCCCGCAACAAGCAACGGUCCUCGCCUGCAGCCUGCAGUAGUCCUCGCCCGCAUUCUGCACCAUGCAGGCAGCAGCGGUUCUCGCAAACUGCCCACAGCAAGCAGCGUUCCUCACCCGCAGCCCGCAGCCUGCAGCGGUCCUCUUCUGCAGCCAGCAGCACUCCUUGCCUGCAGCCUGCAUCCUGCAGCGAGCACCGGUCCUCGCCCACAGCUCGUAGCCAGCAGCGGUCCUCGCCGCAGCCAGGAGUGGUCCUCUCCCAUAGCCUACAGCCUGCAGCCAGCAGCUGUUCUCGAUCGCAGCCUGCAGCCUGCAGCCAGCAAUGGUCCUCGCCCGCAGCCAGAAGCGGUCCUCGCCGCAGCCAGCAGCAAUCCUCACCUGGAGCCAGCAGCAGUCCUCACCUGCACCCAGCAGCGGGCCUCGCCUGCAGCCUGCAGUAUGCAGCCAGCAGCGGUCCUCGCCCGCAGCCCCCUGCCUGCAGCGGUCGUCGCCCAAACUCAGCACCGGUCCUCGCCCACAGCCAGCAGCGGUCCUCGCCCGCAGCCAGCAGCAGCCCUCUCCCACAGCCCACAGCCUGCAUCGGUCGUCACCUGCAGCCAGCAGCAGUCCUUGCCCGCAGCCAGCAGCGGGCCUCAUCUGCAGCCUGCAGACUGCAGCCAGCAGUGGUCGUCGCCCGCAGCCAGCAGCGGUCCUCGCCCGCUGCCAAAAGCGGUCCUCACCUGGAGCCAGCAGAAGCCCUCGCCCGCAGCCAGCAGCGGUCCUCGCCCGCAGCCAGCAGCAGUCCUCGCCCGCAUCCAGCAGCAGUCCUCGCUCGCACCCAGCAGCGGGCCUCGCCUGUGGCCUGCAGCCUGCAGCCAGCAGCCAGCAGUGGUCCUCGCCCGCAGCCUGCUACCAGCAGCGGUCCUCGCCCGCAGCCAGGAACGGUCCUCACCUGGAGCCAGCAGCAGUUCUCGCCCGCAGCGAGCAGCGGUCCUCGCCCGCAGCCUGCACCCUGGAGCCAGCAGUGGUCCUCGCCCGCAGCCUGCAGCCUGCAGCAGUCCUCGUCCGCAGCCAACAGCAGUCCUCGCCUGCACCAAGCAGCUGACCUCGCCUGCAGCCUGCAGCCUGCAGCUAGCAGUGGUCUUCGCCCGCAGCUUGCAGCCAGCAACGGUCCUCACCCGCAGCCAGCAGCGGUCCUCGCCUGCAGCCAGCAGCAGUCCUCGCCCACAGCCAGUAGUGGUCCUCGGCUGCAGCCUGCAGCCUGCAGCCAGCAGUGGUCCUCUCCCCCCGCAGCCAGCAGCGGUUCUCGCCUGCAGCCAGCAGCAGUCCUCGCCUGCAGCGAGCAGCGGUCCUCGCCCACAGCCUGCAGCCUACAGCCAGCAGCGAUCCUCGCCCGGUGCCCGCAGCAGUCCUCGCCAGUAUCCUGCAGCCGCAGCCAGCAGCUGUCCUCGCCAACAGCCGGCAGCGAGCAGUGGUCCUCGCCCGAAGAAAGCAGCGGUCCUCACCCGCAACCAGCAGCAGUCAUCGCCCAUAGCCGGCAGCCUGCAGCGGUAUUCACAAACAGCACGCAGCCAGCAGCGGUCCUCACCCACAGGCAGCAGCAGUCCUCACCCGCAACCAGCAGCGGUCCUCGCCCGUAGCCUGCAGCCUGCAGCGGUAUUCACAAACAGCAUGCAGCCAGCAGCGGUCCUCACCCACAGGCAGCAGCAGUCCUUGCCCGCAGCCAGCAGCAGUCCUCGCCCGCAGCCUGCAGCCAGCAGCCAGCAGCAGUCCUUGGCAGCACUUAGCAGCCUCGCCCGCAGUCUGCAGCCAGCAGCCAGCAGCAGUCCUCACCCGCACUUAGCAGCACUCCUCGUCCGCAGUCAGCAUCGGUCCUCGCCCACAGCCCGCAGCCAGCAGCGGUCGUCGCCCGCAGCCCGAAGCCUGCAGCGGUCCUCACCCCCACUCAGCUGCAUUCCUCACCUGCAGCCUGCAUUGUGGUCCUCGCCCACAGCCAGCAGUGGUCCUUGCCCGCAGACUGCAGCGAGCAGCAGUUCUCACCCGCACCCCGCAGCCUGCAGCGGUCCUUGCCCCCACUCAGCUGCAUUCCUCACCCGCAGCCAGCAGCCGUCCUCUCCCAUAGCCUGCAACCUGCAGCCAGCAGCUGUCCUCGAUUGCAGCCUGCAGCCUGCAGCCAGCAGACUUCCACGCCUGCACUCAGCAGCGGUCCUCGCAUGCAGCCAGCAGCGGUCCCCGCCCGCAGCCUGUAGCCUGCAUCCAGCAGCGGUCCUCACCCGCACUCAUCAGCGGUCAUUGCCACACUCAGCAGUGGUCCUCGCCCACAGCCAGCAGUGGUCCUUGCCCGCAGCCCGACCGAGCAGCAGUCCUCGCCCGCAGAGCGCAGCCUGCAGCGGUCCUCGCCUCCACUCAGCUGCAUACCUCAUCCGCAGCCAGCAGUGGUCCUCGCCCGCAGCCUGUAACCUGCAGCCAACAGUGGUCUUCGCCCACACUCAGCAGCUGUCCUCGCCGGCACUCAGCAGCAGUCCUCGCCCACACUCAGCAGCGGUCCUCGCCCACACUCAGCAGCGGUCGUCACCCGCACUCAGCAGCGGUCCUCUCCCACAGCCAACAGCGGUCCUCACCCGCAGGCAGCAGCAGUCUUCGCCUGUAGCCAGCAGCCUACAGCCAGCAGCGGUCCUCGCCCACAGCCCGCAACCAGCAGCGGUCCUCGCCUGCUGCCUGCACUAG